AAAUGUCUGCCAAAGAUAUGGGUUUAAAAUCAAGGGCUUUCUCUAUAUACUGCACAAAAUGAUCAUGUCUCGUAAGAGAAUAUUAUUUGUUUGGUUAUUGCUAUUUGCUUUUGUAGUCUUAGUUUGUAUGUAUUUGCCGUACUAUGCGACGACUUCAAAAGCUCAAAAUUCUGUCGAACACCCAGUUGCAAAGUUCAGUGGUCACAAUCAUGGUCAGAUUAACCGAAUUGUACUGGCUUCAAAUACCCCAAGCAAACCCCAACCACCCACCAAUAAAGAAACACCUAAAGUGCACCUUAAAAACCCCACAACCAUUUCAACAACUACAGUUGCAGCUCCCACCCAACCAAUGUUCUGUAAACCUUACUUGUUAGUUGGACCAGUAUAUUAUAAUAAGAGUGUUCCUCGGAUGCAAGAAGUCAUAGAACAACUGUCUGUUGAUUUUGGAGGAUUUGUAAAGAAAGGAGGAGCAUUCAAGCCAAGAGGUUGCAUUGCUAAGAAUAAGCUUGCUAUCAUAGUUCCUUAUCGGAACCGCUCAGAACACCUACGAAUAUUUCUGAGACAUAUGCAUCCAAUCAUGCAAAGACAGAUGCAUGACUAUAGGAUCAUUGUGGUUGAACAGGCAGGCAACUACAGUUUCAACCGUGCAACUUUAAUUAAUAUUGGGUUCUUGGAAGCUCUCAAAAUCUCAAAUUUCCGCUGCUUUGUGUUUCAUGAUGUUGAUCACAUCUUGGAAAAUGACCGAAAUGAUUAUGGAUGUCCUGAAAGUCCUAAAUUACUGGGCGUCUCCGUAGAUCGCUUCAAUAGAAGAUGGCCAUACAAGCGAUAUUUUGGCGGUGUUGGUGCAUUUACCAGGGAACAUUUUGAGAAGAUGAAUGGAUAUUCAAAUCUUUACUGGGGGUGGGGUGCGGAAGAUGAUGAUGCUUAUCAGAGAAUACGAGCAGCUGGGUACAGUCUAACCCGACCUCGUUCAGAUGUUGGUCGCUACAUAAUGCUCAAAGAGCACCAUUUUCGUGACAAACCUGGUGGGAACAGAUACAUUCUGUUAAAAACAGCUGCAAAACGUAUGUAUACAGACGGCUUGAACACUGUACAGUAUAAAGUAUUAAAGAAGACAGAGUAUCCUCUCUAUACCCACAUUCUGGCAAAACUAAAUGAAGAACUCGAUGUUACACCAAACGUCACGCAUUUACUUUCAACAAUGGAAACACCAAUAUAGGCUACAGCCUGGUGUCAGAGAAACUGAGAAAGAUUCAAUCAAUUUUCAGAGUGCUUCUGUUGAAGGACGCAAACGUCGAACGGAAUGCGCGGUGAACACGGAAAUGAUACUCGCGAACGCUAUCAAUGUUCUCACGCUAAGUCAGACUAGUAAUCGUAACAAUCGUGCGCAUAGACAAUAUUUUAUCAUUACUCGUAUAUGGCUGAGCAUAGGACAGAAUCAGUGGACAGAACAAGCAAAAUUAUUACAGACGAAACUUCUACUUUUAUGUGCUUAUAGGUUUUGAGAAUGUCAAAAUCUCCCCGUGUAAGGUAAUUCAGGAAACACUUAACGAGUUUUCCGGAUUUUGAGUGGAAGGUCUGAUUGCGGAUUACCUUAGGCGCGAUGAGGCGAUAUAUUAAAUUGUUCCGACUAUUGGAUUUAUUCACUAUUGAGCUGUGUAAAAAAUAAAUGACAAUGUAGAUAGUUCUCCUAAAAAUAGUAAUAUUUAUAAUACAACGAUCAUGAAAUGGAAAAUAUUGAAAUAAUUUAUAAAAUAUCUGCACAUGCGUGAUACGGCGCUUAGACGAGAGAUCGCGUGCACCGCAUGCCGGUAGACAUUGGCUGCUGCUCAUAAACGGAAAGUUUUUUUCAUAACAGCAACAAACUCUGGUUUUCCUUCAUACCACGUAUAAAUCUUUCGCCUUUUACUAAAGAUUUCCGUGGAGGAGAACAACAGAAUGAGUCUAUAGACUAAUUUUUCGUCACCCUGCCUAACGGCGGGGUAUUUAACAA